AUGCGUUCGCUGCAGCGCGCUGGCUGUCACCAGAGCCGAAUUCUGUCGCUCAGCGACAACCAGAUCUGGCAUCUGCUGCAGAAGAACCCGCAGUCUCGGGCGGACGCAGGCUGGUUUCGCGGAAAUGUCUUCCAACAGUGCGGCAUGGAUGAAGUACGGAAUUGUUUGGAGCAAUGGGUGUUGUACGAACAGUGCCCGGAGGACCACGUACUCAUGAUGGAAAGGCUAGUCAGGGACCUGACGGUCGCUGUGAAAAGCUGGCUGAAGGCCAGCAUAGUCUCUGAGGGCUUGACGGGCUUGAAGCUGCUGUGGCGGGACGUGGUGCCUUUGAGCCAGGGAUGUGCCACCCGCGCCACGGCCCCUCCUGCGCCCAAAGAGACCUCAAAGGAGGGUGGGGACUCGGAGGAUGAUGCGGAGGUACAGCAGGACAACGAGGAGCGUUUAGUGACCCAGGGGCGCGACAGUGAUUUCUUCAAACGCGCCAUGAAAAAGUUCAUUCCGUUUCAACAGCCGCGCCGAGAUUGGACCGCACCAGAGCAUAAGGAAGGGGUGUUGCGAAAGAUGAAUCCACAACGGCUGCAGCGAAUCAGAUCAUGCGAAGAUAUAUGGUCCUUGGACCCGGUGGACCGGGUGCUCAUGGCACAGGCGCAUUUGCAGGAGGUCGUCGACGACGCCUCUGCGAAGCUCGGAGAUGCGCUGGCCCACUUUGAAAAUCUCUCCAGGGAGGAGAAGGUUACGGAUGAGGGCAUCGAUGCCAUGAUUCUCAGGCGCAAUCGCAUUCUGGGUAUGACUAUCACCGGCGCAUGCAUUCACGCGGCCCUUGUUCGCGAGUGGCGCCCUGACGUCGUGUUGGUCGAGGAGGCGGCUGAGGUCUUGGAGUCCCAGCUGUUGGCAGCGCUCUCGCCGUCGGUGAGCCACCUGAUCAUGAUCGGCGACCACGAGCAGCUGCCACCUCAGGUCAAGGAGUACCCGCUUAAGAAGCAUAACGGGUUCGAUGUCUCGAUGCUGGAGCGCCUCGUUCGGAACAACCUCCCGCAUGUCUCCCUGCGGCGUCAGAGCCGCAUGCACCCCGACAUCUCGGCGCUGCUGCAGCCCACGUACCCCCAGCUGCUGGACAACACGAGCGUGGUGGCGCUCCGGGCCCAGCCCGAGUGCAUCCGGCACCGAUGCUUCUUCUGGGCCUGCGCGGCGGAGGAGAUGGAGUCCGAGGGCUCCACGUCACGUGUCAACACCGAGGAGGCAGAGCGGGUGGCGUGUCUGGCGCUGUUUUUUGUCAGCCAAGGCUUCAGCCCGUGCCAGAUCACCAUCCUGACCGCGUACCAGCGCCAAACGCUUUUGGUGCGGAAGCUUCUGUCGAAGAAGCUGCCGGCAUAUUUGCAGGAGGCAGGUCUGCAGGAGGCAAUUCAGCUCGAUGCUGGCUCGGCUGAUCCAGCGGCGGCGCGAAAAGCAAAGGUUGAGUCAACGAUCCAAGCGCAGACGAUCGAUCGUUUCCAGGGCGAUGAGAACGAUAUUGUGUUGGUGAGCCUAGUUAGAUCGAACAAAGAUAACAAAGUAGGUUAUCUUGGCACUGGCGACGGCAAAAACCGCCUGUGCGUUGCACAGUCUCGCGCGCGCUGCUGCAUGGUCUUCGUGGGGAAUUCGGAUUGCCUGCGGGCCCAGCGCACGAACCACUGGUCUGGCUUCUUGCAGAUGCUGGAGAACAGGGGCUGUCAUGGCGAAGCCUUACCGCUGGUAUGUCCCAGGCACCCAGACGUGAGCCCAUCAAUCCGCAGCUCUGCUGACAUACCCUACGGCCAGCGGUCGCUCUGCGGCGAGCUCUGUGGGGCACCCAUGGGCUGUGGGACGCUAGGACACUUGUGCGAGCGUCCAUGCCAUCCGCAGAUCCCGAAGUUUGGCCACUCGGCGCUCGACUGCCGGCACGUCGUCUCUGGCUCACACGACGCGUGCACAGCUCAGCCGCGUCAUGAGUUCAAGUACGCAUGCUGCAUGAGUAAAUCCAAGUUUGCUUCACCCUGCCCUUUUGAGGAGAGCAUCAGGUGCACACGGGACCCGCGGCACGGCUUGAAGCGUCGUUGCGGUUUGACAGUGGAGCAGGUGGUCAAGAAGUGCAGCGGGAGGGCAGAGUUCAGCUGCCUGCGGAACAGCGCACACAAGCUCGCUGGAAGGUGCAGCGAGGUCGCAGAGGAGGUCUCUGAGCGGUGCAAAGAACCAUGCAAGAGGCUGCUGGUCUGCGGCCAUGAGUGCCAGAGCACUUGCCACGACGGAGCGUGCCCAGAGGAGUGCGAGGCGCCCGUCGAGAGGCGGUGUGUGAACGACGAGAUGCACACUGAGAAAAAUGUCGUCCUCAUGGGGAGCUGUCGGCAGACAGCGAAAGAGCUCUCCGCGUCCUGCAGAGCAUGGGUGCUGGCUCCGUGUCUACGGGAUCCUUCGCACAAGCGGGUACACGGCAGAUGCAAGAACUUUGGUACGCCUCUUUUCGGGAAGUGCCAGGCAGUCGUAGAGCGGCCAUGUGCGAGAAACUCAGCGCACAGGGUGCCCGGCUGGUGUUACGAGAUGGACGACGAGGUAUCUGGCCGGUGCCAGGUGGAGGUUUCGAGGCCGUGUUCGAGAAAUGCAGCGCACAAGGUGUUCGGCAUGUGCUACGAGGCUGACGACGAAGUAUCUAGCCGUUGCAAUCAGGAGGACGGCCAGUGGGAGUGCCCGAAGUGCAACGAUGUGGUCUGGAGGCGCUGCGGCGAGAGCGAGCUGUGCGCUCAGUGCUCUUGCGCGCGGGUCCGGCUGCUGCUUCCGCCAGCGACGCUUCCUGGCCCGCCCGUGCCUCCGCAGUCGGCGCAUCCCCCCGCACCCCCUAUGCUAGGCCCAGACCUGCCGCCUGGAGCAGAAGCCAAAACAGGGGCCGAGCUGGCUGGUCCGAUGAGGCCGCCCGCCUCCGCGCAGGACGGGGCACCGGAGCCAAAGGCCAUGCCCACGGGUGCGCUGGGCACGCACUCCCCCGGCUGCCGCAACGCGCUUGAUGCACCUGCCAGGCCAGACGAUGACGUGGAGGAAGCGCCGCCGCGACUGGUGCCGGGUGCGGAGCCCGCCUCAGUGGCCGACGACCACCAGGAGGGCGCCGCGGUGGCGCGCGGCGAUCCCCCGCCGCCGGCGCCAGCCGCGGCAGCGGUGGUCGGCUCUGCGGCUGAUGCCCGCGCUGGAGCUCCGGCACCUGCGACCACGAGCAAGGCUCCGCCCACGGCGCCCCGCGCGCGGCUGCGCCACGCGCCGCGGGCGUCCUCUCCGGGGCGCGGGGACGGCCGGCAGGGGGUGCGGCUGAUCAGCGCGCGCACGGCCGCGGCCCGCGGCGGCCCCGAGGGCGCCGCUGGCGCCAGCGGCACCAGGCCCCGCAGCCGCAGCCGCAGCUCCGGCGGCUCGGGAAGGCGGGGGCGCCCGCGGCGCGGCGGCACAGCUGUGACGCUGCGCGAGGGGCCAGGGCCAGGACGAACUGGCCGGCGCGGCUCGCCGGAACCCGCGGCCACCGAGGAGGCCCCUGCCGAGCCCGCCGCGCCCGAGCGGGUCGCGCCCAAGCGGGCCGCGCAGGACGAGCCGCAGCCGCGGGCCGUCCGGGCGAGGGCCAGGCCCACUCCGAGCGGCGCUUCCGCGCAAGCCUCGGCUCUGGAGGAGGCCGGGCGCGGGCGACACCCGGCGGGCGCCUCCUGCAGCGGCGCCGUCGGCCCCGAGGGCCCGCGCGAUCUGUAUUGGUGCGGGCUCGGCGGGGGUCGGGCGGCCCUCUGCGUGCUGCCGGAGGCAGUGCCCACGGCGCUGAUGCAGGAGGCGAGGAGGAUCGGCCAGCUGCUCGGAGACUCGCAGCAGUACAGGGACCACCACGAGGAGGCCGCGGAGCGGGGGGAGCUGCUGCGGGCGCAGGGCUUUGCGGGCAACAAGCGAGACCGGGAGCGGGUGGCUCGCCUGGCCGCCGCGCUGGCGAGGGCCGCGGGCGACGAGGCCUUCGCGGAGGAGGUCCGCGGCGGCUUCCCGCACUUCGCGGCGGUGCUGGAGCGGGCCCGCGCCGCGAGGGCGCAGAUGCCAGGUCUCGAGGUCCCGAUCAGCUGGGCGGAGGAGGUCGACGCCGAGGCCACCAAGGCCUUCGCGACGUUCAGCCCGACGGCCACGCCUUCGACAAGCGAGCCCGACAGCGAGCCCGAGGUCCUUCAAGGCACCGAGGUGGUUCACUACCGACUUGAUGCCGAUGUGGAGCUUGAUGAUGACAGCGAGUGGAAAGCUGAGACCGAGGAGAUCGACGCUUCGGAGGCGCGGUGGCAGGCCACCACUGGAACCCCCGACGUCCACAGCGACCUCACGCUUGCUCAGGAGCAGAAGCUGCAGCUGGACGGUUGCCGCGAUGGGGACGGCCAGGGCGCGAGGAUCCCCGUCGCGAACGACAAGGGCGGGCCGACAGAGGAGCAGCUCGAGGAGACGAGCUUGAUCAGCGAGGGCGAGCAAUCCGCUCGAACGACCGUCCGCGGCCUUGGCUUCCUCACCAUGGACACCACUCGCGCCAGCAGCACGGCUUACCUGGAAGCGCUGGCCGCGGUCCACGGGAUAAUAGGGAAGAUCGACGUGGAGCUCAUCGUGGCACGGGCGCAGGCGCUCAAGGCGAGGACGCACUUCCAGGACGGAGCGGCCUUCGCCGACCUCCUGAGGUCCAUUGCGGCGCUGGAGGAGCAGACGGACAUGGCCGGCCGUAGUUUGUAG